CCAUUCACACGCACACGCACACCACUCAUUCACUCCUUUACCCUCGUACCAGAUCUGCCCCCGACACUCCCUCGUAUCCCUCUCUAUUUCGCUCAUACCGGGCAAUUCGUUCUUUUUUUUUUUUUUCUCCCCCAGUCGUAACAUCGACAAAGUCUACUUCCACUAUCACUUUCACUCCCUUGGCUAUCCUUCCUUCGACGUCGCCCAUUCACUCCAGGUCGUCAACAAGGCCGAAUACAGGUACGACACAACACAAAGACCACGAGUCGUCGACCGACUAGCACGACGACAUACAGAACACCUAUACCUUCCCAUUCUCAUCCACGUCGACGGCUACCCGAUCCCGACCAUCGCUUGACACCGCGGUAGUCCCUCCCUCCAUUCGAAGUCGACCUAAACAAUAGACAACAGACCCUUUCGUCCAAGUCGUUCGCUUCGGUCUCGAUUGUCCUUUGUGUGUACCAGACGCGUUGCCUCUUGUAUUCUAACCAAGGAAGAAAGGGGACCGACGUCACUGCAAAGAAUCAUCAGAUACGAUUAAAGGGUGUCGUUUGUUUCCAUGACUCUCGCCGCGUAACAGCCGACUUUGCAAAUUCUCGACGUCGAAGAAUUAUCUACGCAAACAUAGUCGAGCGAGCAGUUAUACCGAAAAGUUGGUCGAGUACUCGAGGUCCGACGCCAGAAAAAUUUGAUACUGUUUAUUUAACUCUUUUUCCCCAUUUCGUCUCAUUCAUUCACCUAUCCACAAUGUCACUUCGCCAGAUUGCUACCGUGGCCGUAUUGGCCCUGGCCUCCUUCACAGUCACGGCCGAUAAGAAGGGCGUUGAAUUACCCGCAGAGCAGCCAGUUCAAGGUACCGACACAGUCGCUGGCUGCUUUUCCGAUCUAGGAGAUAUGAAGCUGGACAGCACCGACAAAUACAACGCUCAGGGCUAUUGUGCUCCUGUUUGUCGUGACAAGGGAAAGCCUGUUGGUGCUACUUAUUUGAAAGCAUGCUACUGUGGCACGAAAUUGCCUCAUAAGAGUACAUUGCUCGAUGAUUCUAAAUGCAAUGAGCCUUGUCCUGGCUUCGACCCCCAAGCCUGUGGUGGUCUGGGUGCCUAUACGGUCUAUAACACUGGUGUGCAAGUGAACGUUGCCGAGGCCGACCCGCCAAAAUCUUCAUCCACUUCUACUUCGUCCUCUUCUACUUCUACAAGUACAUCUCAGACAUCGGCAACCAAUGCUGAAACGGCUCCAGCGGCUUCAGAGAGCCCUUCAGAUGACAAGCAGAAGGGAAGUUCAAAUGUUGUCGGUAUCGCUGUCGGUGUUGUAGUGGGAGUGGUUGUCGCCACAGCACUCGCCGCCGGUGCAUUUUUCUAUCUGCGGAAGAAGAGGAAUGCCGAAUUAGAGGAGGAGCACCGCCGGAAUGCCGCUGUCAAUGCCUUUAUUAGUGGAGGGAAACCCCCUCGUAGCAGCGGUGGUAUGUCGAUCGCCGAUUCGCGAAUGGACCCCGUCAUGAACCGACGCAUGAGCGACGGUAGCAUUGCCGAUAACCAGGACUAUUCACGGCGCAUCCUCAGGGUAACAAACGCGUAACUUCAACCCUUCAAACGAGACGACGAAAUCCCAUAUCGCGAUAUUUAUUUUCUCCUUUGGGCAUCAAUGGCGUUUGAAGGUGGUUACUCUUGACUUGACAUUGGAUGGUCCAUUUCAAUGAUCCUGGCGUUAUACAUGUGUUGAAGGGUAGCACAAAACAGGCGCUAGGCAAUCUGUUCGGCAUGAGCACUAGUCAAGACCCCGAGCCGAUACUCAUAACCCGUCCACUCCUUUUUCUCGAUCGCUUGCCUCACGGUGAGCAUCACCCUUAUACCCAUUACAUGAUGGAAUCCUCUCCAAAUCCUAUAGAGGGCCAGGACCCGGGAGCAUCCGAGAUAUUUCAGCUAGAGACGACUCCGAGCAGCGAUCAGCGGUCUAUGUGAGGGCUAUAAUUAUAGGGAUGCCGCGAUCUAGCGACGGAUCCUGAAUUGAUAAGGAACAACUGCGGUCUGAUUCAGUUCGCGAGAAUUCCCCUAAAUAGAAGACUAGGUAUCAAUGAACACGACGGGCUUUUUUUGCUGUAUAUUAUUUGCGUUAGUCCAAUAGACGGACUCUGAUACCAAAGACGGCCAGGUGAAGUCAUCUCAUCUCGGUAGUAUUGUUUCGUUGAUUCGGUUUUCAAAAGCCCCUACGGAUUUGUUCAGGGUCUGUACCUCUGAUUUACUAAAUGUUACAGGAUAUUUAAUACUAGAACACUAGAUUUCGAUACGCCGUCUAACUCA